AUGCCAUUGAUCACAUAUCCAUGGGAGCAGACUAAUCUCCGUAUGACCCGUAUCUCGGUCCUCGGCAACUACUUGGUUUCCGUAUCCAAGUCUUUAGUCGUAGACGAGCAGCCAGGAGCAGCGGCUCCGAAAGCGAAACGCAACCGCUUUGAUCUUUUGCUGAUAAUCAGUGAUGUGCUCCACACUGACACGUUCCAUUCUCGCAGCACAACCCCUAGGGGCAUUUUCGGGCAAGAGUGUGUACCAUCUACAACAGAGCUCCUUGCGCGUACAGCUGCAUGCUGCAACACGAAGUCAUCGCCAAUUGAGCAGGAUCUCAUGGCCCUACUUAACUACUGGGCGGUGAAUCAGCUUCUCACGGUUGGGGCCAUAAAAACGUGUCGCGACAGGGUCGAGGAGAGUUUAUUGAUUGCGCAAGGCGGCACGCCAGUGCGAAAGCGCAACUACUUUCUCCCAGAAUACCACGGCGAUCGCAAUGCACCCUGGUCUGAAUUGCCUGCGGCAUACAUGCUCGAGCCGAUGAUCAGGGAGCCCCUACGACCGAUCGAGCCCCAUCGCAUCAAGAUCGCAAAGCUCGACAACAAACCUGUUACCCCUCAUGUUCGCAAGCUGCUCGACAACUUUUUUGACAACAUCGAUCUCAAGUACAUGCCUACUGGAGACAAUCCAACUGGAGAGAUAAAGAAAUACAAACUCUGGCUCGAUCCUCUUGGUCAGACCGUGAAGCAGGAGAAGAAGACGGGUGAGGUCUCAGUUGUUUGCAACGGCUACGGGUGGUCGGUCAAAUUUUGCCAGGAUAUGCAGAAACACGGAGUCCCACAAAACAUUAAAACAGCGCGAGAAGACCUCGCCCUGCUUGAGGAGGACGCAAGGGAAUUUCGAGAAGUACGUCAGAGACAACGCGAAGGCCAACGCAGGAGCAUAUCACCCCGACGCCGUCGUCAUUCAUCUUCACCGUCUGAACCUAGACAAGAGCGCAGUCGGGACGGUCGGGUAUACAACUCAGGAUAUGAUCGGUAUAAUUCGCGCACACCCUCGAGGUCACCGCGCGACGGACGACCCGAAAGUCGUCAAAGCUUCUCCAGUGAUGAACGAGGCCGGGAUCAUAAUGAUCGAAGAUUAGAUCAGUCACGACAACCUCCUACACCGUAUGGUAGGGACUCCUCGCAAUCGAACUCGCAGCGGUACCGGUACGGAGCCAAUACCACUACGACUCCGCCUCCUCCCGGUAGACACUUGGGAGGUUUUGUACCACCAUCGCUCCCUCCACAAGCACCCUCGACGGCCAGCCAUGCACAGGGAUACCCUCAGUCUUUCCAACCACCUUUCGGUGCUCCUCACUUUCCUUUUCCACCCCCAGUCCCAGGAACGUAUGGAGCGCAGUACGCGAUGCCUCCUUUUGUGCCGCCUCCACCUCCACAGCAGUUUCAAGGGUCAGGAAGUUUUGUUCCUCCUCUACCACCUCCUCCGCCCAACUACAGUGGCCCGUUUCCCCCACCGCUGCCCAUACCUACGCAGCAGAAUGCUCCUUUCAUGAACAACCCAUACGCUAAUCAGCAUGGCAAUAAUCAUGGUUAUUACAACAACGCGCCCUAUGAUACAAUAGCCACACCAGAGGAGGCUAUAAUGGUGGUCAUCGGGGGCAUCGGGGUCAGCGUGGACAGCGUGGAGGAGGAAAGUAUUGAGAUUAAGGGGAAGCAGGAGUUGUUCGACAACGGAGAUGAUUUUCGGCUUGAUUACAUUCCAGUGCUCCAGUACAUGGCUGAGAGGUAA